CACGCUCAACCGUCACUCCCCCCUCUCGCUCAACCGUCACUCCCCCCUCUCGCUCAACCGUCACUCCCCCCUCUCGCUCAACCCCCCUCUCUCACACCCGCAAACACUCCCUCGCCACCCCCCUUGCUACCUCUCCCCUCAGUACACCCCACUCGUCCCCCUAUCGCUCUGUUCUCUCACCCCUCCCCAUCUCAAUCCCCCCUUUCUGCUUCCCCCAUCUACACCCCCUACCUCUAC